GAUGGUCACUUUUCCAUCUAUGAGGCAAGGGGAGAUGGAAGAAGCAUGAGAAGUUCAUUUGGAUACUGGUUAAUUCUCCUUUUACUGCAGGUGGGUUUGCAAGAAUCUUCCUAGUCAAACUAAUGAAUUCACCAAACAAAACAGGUAGACUUCAAGAAUCUCCUCCACCGUUCAUCCUUUCUGCUUUGCAUGUUGUAAAUGAUAAAUGAGUAAAAUAAUCCCCUAUGAAGAAAAUCGCAGAUCUCAGCACCCAACAUGAAAAAUAUUCAUCCAUCUUAGCAUCAACUUUAAACUUUCUGAACCUCCACCACUCCACCACCACAAGAGGAAUCCAAAUUUUUUAUCCUAUUUGUCUCAUGUUUUGCUUGGUUGACAUCCCUGUUUGGAAUUAUGAAACAAAAAGGAUAAUGACUGAGAAAAGGGAAAAUCUUCCAUUGGCGGUUCAUCUGGGACCUAUAUUGGGUUUAUGAGAAGAAACCAACCCCAACUUCAAUCCAAAGAUCCAAAUCUUUGUCUUGUGGAUUUUUAGAUUGUUUCAGUGAGAUCUGCAGCUGAUAGAGAUACCUACUGGAGUUUUCUCAAGAAUUUCAGGCCCUGUUAGAUGCAAUUUGAAGAAUAUUCAACAUGGAAAAUGGUGGCUUUCCUCCCAAUUCUAUGCUUGGUACCUCCCCAGAAGCUGCCAUGGAUAUGGAUUUUAUGGAUGAACUCUUGUUUGAAGGAUGCUGGCUGGAGACUAGUGACCGGGUCAACUUUAUGCAGCCUGGUCCUUCAAUAUCAGGCACUCUAAAUGAUCCUUCACUUUGCUUGCCUUCAUCAGGGUCUCAUGCUGGUCAUGUGAGUAUACGCUCACAACAUCAAGUUAAUCAUGAAGAGACAGAUAUAAAGGUUCUCCAACUUCCUUCUUAUCCAAAAACUGAGGACCUUUCCAAAAGCCAGUCUCAAAAUCAAGGAGCUGUUGGGGCUGCCACUUCUUCUGUACAAUCUGGGAGUUCUGUAGUUGAAGGCACUGAAUUGGGUAGUAGAUGGUGGAUAGGGCCAAGAGUUGUACCAGGCCAUUCUUCGUUUGUGAAAGAUAGACUAAUGCAGGCUAUUGGAUAUUUAAAGGAAUGUACAAAAGAUGGAGAUGUUCUUAUUCAAAUCUGGGUGCCUAUGAAAAGAGGAGAAAAGCAUGUGCUUAUAACUGAAGACCAGCCGUACUCUCUUAAUACAAAUUGUGAGAGACUUGAAAGGUACAGGAAUGUCUCCAAAAACUAUAAUUUCCCAGCUGAGAAGGAUUCAAAAGAGGCAGUUGGGUUGCCUGGUCGAGUAUAUUUGGGGAAGUUGCCUGAGUGGACCCCUGAUGUUCGUCUCUUCAGAAGUUAUGAGUAUCCACGUAUUAAUUUUGCACAGCAGUAUGAUGUCCGUGGAUCUCUUGGUCUCCCUGUUUUUGAAAGAGGGAGUGGAACUUGCUUGGGUGUGGUUGAGAUCGUGACAACUACUCAAAAGAUGAAUUACCGCCCAGAACUUGAAAAUGUCUGCAAAGCACUUGAGGCUGUUGAUCUUCGGAGUUCAGAGAAUUUCAGCCCGCUUAAUGUUGAGGUUUCAAAUGACUUGUACCAAGUAGCAUUGCCAGAGAUAGCUGCAGUUCUUAGAUCCGUCUGCAAGACACAUAGACUGCCUUUAGCUCUGACAUGGGCUCCAUGCAUACGACAAGGGAAAGGUGGAUGCAGACAUUCUGAUGAGAACUACCAACAUUGUGUCUCCACCAUUGAUGCUGCUUGUGUCGUAGCUAAUGCAGAAUUGUUGGAGUUCCACGAGGCAUGCUCUGAGCACCACCUCUUGAGAGGUGAAGGGAUUGUUGGAAGAGCAUUUACCACCCACAAACAAUGUUUUGCAACUAAUAUAACUGCCUUUAGUAAGACAAAUUAUCCCCUCUCUCACUAUGCUAGAAUGUUUGGGUUGUGUGCUGCAGUAGCAAUUCCGCUGUGUAGCAUUUAUACCAGAUCGGUUGAAUUUGUUUUGGAGUUGUUCUUGCCAAAAGAUUGUUACAACAGUGAACAACAAAAGCAGAUGCAGAACUCAUUAUCUGGUGUUAUGCAACAGGCCUGUCAGAGCUUGCAUGUUAUUUCAGAUAAGGAGCUCGAAGAAGUGAUAUUGCCAGUGAAGGAAAUAGUGGUUAAUUCAGAUGAGAGACCUAAUGUAGUGGGAAGUCAGUUCAGGUCUUCUCUUUUGAAAGAAAGCUCUUUAGAAGAGUCAUCUAUUGCCCAGAUGAGGGAGGCUCAACAGAAGGGUAAAGGUGUCUCUGUCCCAUGCAAGUAUCAAAAAGAAGAACGAAAACAAGAGUUGAAGGUCACAGCCCUUUGGGAUAACACUCGGCAAGAGUCAUAUAUUAAGCAGGGAAUUUCAGAGCGCAGGCAAGUUCAACGACACUCUGGAACCAAAAGCAGUGUCAAGGGUAGGGGGGAGUCAUCUUCUUCUGGUGGCAGUCAGACAUUGCAGGGUCGAAAAUCAGGUGAGAAGAGACGAACCAAGAGGGGGAAAGCAAUUAGCUUGCAAGUACUUCGACAGUACUUUGCGGGAAGUCUGAAAGAUGCAGCUAAGAGCAUUGGUGUGUGCCCAACUACUCUGAAAAGGAUAUGCAGGCAACAUGGGAUCACUCGAUGGCCUUCUCGAAAGAUCAAGAAGGUAGGUCACUCUCUAAGAAAACUGCAACUUGUGAUUGACUCAGUCCAAGGUGCUGAGGGUUCCAUUCAAAUAGGAUCUUUCUAUUCAACCUUCCCGGAGUUGAGCUCUCCAAGUAUUUCUCAGAAUGGUCCAUCUUCAUCACUGAAGAUGAAUGAUCAUCCAAAGCUAUCAGUAACUCAGCAUGAAGGUACUUUGUUCAGCCGAGGAGCUGCAACUCUAAAAUCCGCAUCCUCUACAUGCAGUCAGAGCUCCGGUUCAGGUACCAGUUGUUCCACUAGAGCAAGGCAGCAUAGCACAAUGAUGAAUGCCUUGAGUAAUGCAGAGGGAUUGAUGGCAGAAGACCCUGAUGGAGUUCUAAAGAGAGCUCAUUGUGGUUUGGAACUGCAUGCCUUGAAACAAGAGGAGCCCAAGCCUCUUGCAAGAUCACAAAGCCAGAAAACAUUUGAGGAGCAUCCUGGUCUACAGACUCCACCUCCCUUGCGGAGAAGUUGCAGCCAGCAAUUACAAGAUGGGGGUGCCUUCAAAGUAAAAGCCACAUUUGGAGAGGUUAAAAUUCGGUUCAGCUUGCGAUCAAACUGGAGUUUCAGAGACUUGCAGCAUGAGAUUGCAAAGCGUUUCAACAUAGAUGAUUUCAGUAGAAUCAGCCUCAAGUACUUGGAUGAUGACCACGAGUGGGUUCUCUUGACAUGUGAUGCCGACCUUGAGGAGUGUAAAGACGUGUAUAAAUCUGCUCAAAGUCGCACAAUCCAAAUCUUCCUUCGCCAAGCUCCACAUGCUGGGGUAGGAAGUUCCUUUGGCAGCAGUGCCCCAGCAUGAUGCUGAAUCCAUAUUUAUCCAGAUCAAGAGUGUAGAUACAUUUCAAUGCUGGUGGAAACCUUUUGGGGUCAAGCUUCUUGAACGCUAGGUGAUUCUCAUAAUGCUUUUUUCCCCCACUUCAUUGGAGAUCAUUUAACCUAACAAGUAUGUGGAUACCUAGCCAGUGGUGUGGAGGUGAAAUACAUGAAUUAUAGACUAUUGUGUGAAGGAAGCCCUUUAGCCUUUUUUCCCUUUUUUUUUUUUUUUUCUAAGGGAAAAAAAAUAAAAAAGAAAAGAAAAGGAGAAGCAAGCACUUUAGCUGUCUGCAUAUCAAUCAAGGUAGUUAAUUUGGGAAUGAAAUUAAAGUUCAGAU